GAGGGGACGCGAUGGGGAUGAAUGGACAGAAUGGCACCUGCACAGUUUCUGUGUCUGAUUCUAAAGGAUACCCACAGCCGCUUAAAAAGUUGGAGGCACGUGGACACUGGGGGAAUAAAGCCGAGUUCAUCCUGACUGUGAUGGGAGCUAUCAUCGGACCCGGGAAUGUGUGGAGAUUUCCUUACCUGUGCUACAGAAACGGCGGAGGCGUGUUCUUCAUCCCUUACAUCCUCUUCAUAUUUACAUGUGGAGUCCCCUUAUUCUUCCUCGAGACUGCCUUGGGACAAUACACCAGCCAAGGGGCGAUAACUUGCUGGAGAAAUAUUUGUCCGCUUUUCCAGGGAAUGGGCUAUGCCAGUCACUUAAUCAUUGCAGUCAGUGGCACCUCCUAUAUUGUCAUCCUUGCUUGGGCGUUUUUUUACUUGUUCUCUUCCUUCAGUGCAGAAUUGCCCUGGGCCACAUGUGGAAACUAUUGGAACACAGAGUCAUGCUUGGACUUAAACCAGCUCAACAUGUCCCUAAGUAAUAUAUCCAGACUGAACACUACUCUUCCUGUUGUGGAGUUCUGGGAGCGGAGAGUUUUGAAAAUCUCUGGAGGUAUUGAGGAGGUGGGCAGCUUGAGGUGGGAACUGGCCCUGUGUCUCAUCCUGAGCUGGGUCAUCUGCUACUUCUGUGUUUGGAAGGGCAUCAAGUCAACAGGAAAGGCAGCUUACUUCACAGCCACCUUUCCCUACGUUAUGCUGUUGGUUCUGCUCAUACGCGGCGUUACCUUACCCGGGGCAAUGGAUGGAAUCAUUUAUUACCUCUACCCUGAUAUCUCUCGCCUUUCAGAUCCCCAGGUGUGGAUGGAUGCUGGCACUCAGAUUUUCUUCUCUUAUGCGAUUGGCCUUGGGUUUCUAACCUCCCUUGGGAGCUAUAACACGUACAACAAUGACUGUUACAAGGAUUGCUUCUACUUGUGUUUACUGAACAGUGCCACCAGCAUUGUGGCAGGCUUUGCCGUUUUCUCUAUUUUGGGUUUUAUGACCUACGAACAAGGAGUGGAUAUAUCUGAAGUAGCCCAAUCAGGUCCAGGUUUGGCAUUCAUUGCCUUCCCACGAGCUGUAACCAUGAUGCCCAUGCCUCAAGUGUGGUCGGUGUGUUUCUUCCUCAUGAUCAUUCUGCUUGGAUUGGACAGUCAGUUUGUUGGUCUUGAGUGCCUGAUGACAUCACUGGUUGAUCUGUUCCCGACACAUCUGCGCAAGGGCUGCAGACGUGAGCUCGUUCUGCUCGCUAUCUGCAGUACCUGCUGUCUGCUGGGAUUCACUCUGGUCACAGAAGGAGGUUUGUACCUGCUUCAGCUGCUCGACCAUCAUGUCUGCAGCGGCACCACCCUGCUCCUGCUCUCCCUCAGCCAGUCUGUUAGCAUUGCCUGGGUGUACGGUGCUGACCGUUUCUAUGGCAACAUAACACACAUGAUUGGCUAUCGUCCAUCUCCAUUUAUGAAGUACUGUUGGAGCUACAUCACUCCCUUGUUCUGCUUAGGCACAUUCAUAUUCUCUAUCGUCAAAUAUUCCCCGUUGAAGCUCAGUAAGGCCUAUGUUUAUCCCCUCUGGGCAAACAUCUUGGGCUGGUUCAUCGCAAGUGUCUCCCUGUCCCUCAUCCCACUUUUUGUGUUAUAUCAAGUAAUGCAGGGGGAAGGCACUCUGCGACAGAGAUUAUGGGUGCUCUGCCAGCCUGUGGACGACCUCCUUGGGCUUCCAACGCUGGAAGACAGUGGCACCACUGCCCACACCGAGCUCAAACCAUUAUCCCACAGAAGCGAAAUCACGCCAUGAACACAGGCAGGUUGUUAUGCUGAGAGAUGUUUUAUAAA